AAAAAAUAAACAGAGAAAGUGGCCUGUUUUUCUCAGACUGUUUGCUGGACCGUGAGAGGAGUGAGCUUGGGAGAGGUUGUUAUCGUGACUCCACCUGGGUACUUUCUCAUCAGUGGGUGACUGCUGGAUGUUAGAGACAAGACGUGCAUGAGAAACCCUGCCUCCAGACAUGGAAAUACGCAAGAGAGUACUGCGCAAGCUGGCGAGUUACUGGGGCAUCUCUCAGGAUGAUGUGUCUGCUGAAAGUUGUGGUGGAGCAAGAGGGGGUUUAAGGGUCAGUGAAAGAGAAGACUCUGGGAGAGAUUCCCAGAAUUGGUACCGUCUGAGCAUUCCACCUCUGUGGCCUUGGCAGACGGUUGUCAUAGCAGCAGGGUUGGUAUUGGCUGUGCUGACUGGGCUGGCUCAUGCCUGGUGUGUUUACUCCAUCCAUGAGAACCUGCUGUGGUUUUCUCACCUCAUGGAAGUUGAGCGUGAAAUCUCCUUUCGGACAGAAUGUGGCCUGUACUACUCGUACUAUAAACAGAUGUUGAGAGCUCCCUCCAUACAGCAAGGUCUUUCAGAGCUCAUCAAUGACAACGCCACUGAAUCCAAGAGAACCAUCAACCUCCUGCGACGCAUGAACAUCUAUCAGGAGGUGUUCCUAGGUGUUCUCUAUAGGAUUCUACCCAUACAGGCCUACCUGGAGCCAGUGUAUUUCUACAUCUACACCGUGUUUUCCCUCCAAGCGGUGUAUGUCAUAGCCCUGUUCAUCACCAGCUGGCUGCUCAGUGGUUCCUGGCUAGCAGGGGCUCUCACUGGAGUCUGGUACAUCCUCAACAGAGUGGACACAACGCGGGUGGAGUUCACCAUCUCGCUCAGGGAGAACUGGUCCCUGCCCUUCUUCGCUCUCCAGAUAGCUGCCAUCACUUGCUACCUGAGGCCUCACCUCAAACCCAUCCAGCAGAAGGUGGUGUUGUGGCUGAUGUUCCUGGCCACGUUGUGUUUCUGCCUCACCUGGCAGUUUAAUCAGUUCAUCCUGCUGGUUCAGGCUCUCAUCAUCUUCACCCUGGACUGUCUGGACCUCAUCUCCACAGAACAGGUGACCUGCCUAUACCUAGUCCAGGUAAGCAGCCUGCUGUCCGUGUGGCUGCUGCAGUUCUGUAACUCCAUGAUCCUAGGCUCUCUGGCUCUCAGCUUCAUUGUGGCCGCUCUCUUUGUCAAGCACUUCCAGAGAGGGCUGAAGACAGGUGGUCUCGCAGCGCGGCUGGGAAAGCUGCUCCUUCACACCGUCCUCGUCCUUGCACUAACAUUCACUAUUAAUUAUUUAGCCAAGCAAGCGUUGCAGCUCCGAUCUGACGAACACAUCUUUAAAUUCAUCAAGUCCAAAUUUGGCUUGGGCCCUACCAGAGAUUUCGAUGCCAGUCUGUACCUAUGUGAGGAAGCCUUUGGGCUGCUUCCCUUGGACACGUUUGACCGCUUGGCUGGCACUCUGCUGGCAUACCCUUACCUCGUCACCCUGAUUGUGCUCCUGGUGAAGCUGGCGCUGGUAACACUGGCCAACCUCUGUGAUUCUUCAGCGGUCGGGCGGCCGCCGAAAGGCCGAUGCGAGGCGCGGCCGAUCUGUAUGCGGGCAGAUGUCGCCUACAAUCUGUUACACACCGUCUUCUUCGGCCUCUUGGCGCUCGGCACCAUGAGAAUGAAAUAUCUGUGGACUGGCCAUAUGUGUGCCUUUGCUGCCUAUGGCGUGUGUGGCAAGGAGCUGUGGUCCCUCUGCCUUAACAUGAUUCACUGUAACACUAAAACAAAGCUGAGGCUGAUCAGGUACACGCUUCCACUUGUCAUUCUGUGUUUUCUAUAUUACAAGUUCUGGCCCAAACUGAUGACGGAAGUAUCAGAACUGAGAGAAUUCUACGACCCUGACACCGUUGAGCUGAUGACCUGGAUUAGCUCGAAGACCCCCAAGAAGGCGGUGUUUGCUGGCAGCAUGCAGCUGCUGGCUGGGAUCAAACUGUGCACAGGGAGAGUCCUGACUAACCACCCACACUAUGAAGACCGAGCUCUGAGAGAGAGGACCAAACAGGUGUAUCAGAUCUACGCCCAGCAAUCCCCAGAGGAGGUCCACGGGAUCCUGCGUGCGGCGGGGGCUGAUUUCGUGGUGAUGGAGGACAGCAUCUGCUACGAGAGGAGGCAUGGCCGGGGCUGCAGGCUCCGAGACCUGCUGGAUCUGGCCAACGGACAUAUCAUGGAUGGCCCUGGGGACAAUGACCCAGACUUGGUCCACUCUACCCACCCUCGCUUCUGUGAGUCCAUCAAGACAGACGGCCCUGCCUACACCGCCCUCUUCACCCGCGUUUUCCAAAACAAGACCUUCCACGUAUACAAGCUGAAGAGGGGCAAGAAGAGAGCCAAGGCCGACAGAGAGCCAGUGGCCAUGGAGGAUAAAACCCAGUAAUAAGGCCCUGGGGACCCCAUAAACAACCCCCGCCCACCCAUAUCCAGCAGCUCCCCAGUCUCCGUCUCAGCCUCCUGCUCCCUUCCAUGUUGAUAACCUGACGACUGCUCUGUGCUCUCUGGUCUACUCGACUUCAUCUGGAACCAUGGCUACACUCUCCCUCCCUCCUUCCAUCCCUCCCUGCGCCACGGCAGCCAGAGGCAGGUAAUCACGGCCGGCUGACACGGCGCUGAUUUGAGCAGCGUCUGAUUGUGGCGGGCGAGCAGAUGAGCACAUGCAUAUCAAACCAGGGCUUUGUGUCAGGAAGCUCAUGUUUAAACAGGAGAGGAGGGAUGACGGCACAUCACAACAACAUUCACGGCUCUCUCUCUCUUUCACCCAGACUGAAGGCAGAGCAGACAAGAAAGAGGAGAGGGACCUUUGAGAGGGAGCUGAUUGAAAGCUAGAGCAGUGGGGGUAAUUAUUGCGAGGACCAGUCUGGUCUCUUUGGUGGCUGGGGCUGCAGCCUGACUGCACAGCUGCACCCUGUGCCAUUUCCUUGUUUUUAAACCGUGCCAUGGCUCGUCUCCACUUGUUAAUGAGGACUCCUCUUUUGAUACUCUCUCACAGAAACACAAAAGUUCUGCAUAAGUUGUCAGUUGCGGUGUAUCAAGGGGAAGUGGCAUUCUCAUUGUAAUGCAUAACAGUCCUAUCAAUGUGAAGAGGAUUUGCUUGUUCAUUCCGUUGCAUUGAAAUUGGAUGUUUAAUUUAGGAGUUGGCCAAUAAUACAUUUUACGAGGGAGAAGUAAUUUCAUUAUGUUUGCCUAAUAAGUGACUACUAAUGUAAUGUUUUUGAGCAUUGACAUUCUUCAUUUUCAUAUUUAUUAAUAAUUCAGUUGAGAUGCAUUGGUCAUUUAAACCGACAGUAUUUUUUUUAAAUGAGCAAAUGCUCGAGCAAAUCAUGUAUUAACUGUGUCUAUUCGAUCCCAACUCAGCACCACAGAAUCAUACAGUGUUAUGUAGAAGGGCUGCAUUGUCGGUGAACCAUGACCACUGGUCAAUGUUGAAUGAGGUGAAUGGUUAACAUAUUCAGGGCAACUGGUCUAUGUAGGACAGGCUAACAUACCGUGGGUAUCAGAGGUAUUCAACGCCUUGGAUUUUGUUUCACGUUGGUGGGCUACAAAGUGGGAUUGAAAUAGAUUUAAUUGUCAUUUUCUCGUCAUGGAUUUACACAAAAUACACAACGUCGAAGUGAAAAUAAUUUAAAGAAUAAAAUGUAUACAGAUGACUAAACAUUAAAAUGACUCAAAUAAAGUUGUUGAAUAUAAGUAUGCAACCCCUUUGUUUAGGCAUGGCUAAAUUAGUUAGUUGGUAAACAUUUGGCUUAACAAAUCACAAGUUACAUGGGAAAUAAUAGGGGUUGACAUUAGUUUUGAAAGGCUACCCCGUCCUCUGUCCCCCAUACAAGGUCCCUCAGUCAAUAAUUGAAUUUCAAGCACAGAUUCAACUACAAAGACCAGAGGGGUAUACAAUGACGCAAGCUACAGGAGAUCUACUCAGGGUUUUCUAAAGCUAGCCAGCUUCAGUUACUUUCCCAUUCCAGCUCAGGCUUCAUCCGUACUACCACGGGGGAUAUUGCUUGUCCGUCUACCAAACUGCGUGUGCAUGUUGCACGUGGCUCGUCAAACACCAGGCUUUUCGUUAAGACUGCGUGUGCAUGUUGCACGUGGCUCGUCAAACACCAGGCUUUUCAUUGAGACUGCGUGUGCAUGUUGCACGUGGCUCGUCAAACACCAGGCUUUUCAUUGAGACUGCGUGUGCAUGUUGCACGUGGCUCGUCAAACACCAGGCUUUUCAUUGAGACUGCGUGUGCAUGUUGCACGUGGCUCGUCAAACACCAGGCUUUUCAUUGAGACUGCGUGUGCAUGUUGCACGUGGCUCGUCAAACACCAGGCUUUUCAUUGAGACUGCGUGUGCAUGUUGCACGUGGCUCGUCAAACACCAGGCUUUUCAUUGAGACUGCGUGUGCAUGUUGCACGUGGCUCGUCAAACACCAGGCUUUUCAUUGAGACUGCGUGU